GUUUCCUCCGCGCGCUUUUGGAGACAAAAGCCAGAUGAGUGAAAUUGGGGGUAUUGGGAGAGGUCAAGUCAGCGGUAAAUUCAAGAGGGACGUGUUUGUUUCUGAAGUGGGGAAAGUGCAUGAAAGCACGCGCGUCCUGUUUUGCGUGGGACAGCGCAUGCAUAUUUAAUAGCUGAGUGGGCAGCGGUAAUUCUCAGAGCCGGAUCAGCAAGUGGGCGCGCAGAUCAGCUGAGCUGGUCCCGCUCUGCAGCAGGCCUGGAUGAAUUCAUGAAACCUUGAUUGCUGGGAGAUAGAAAAAAGUGGGAAGUGGAUGACUGCAGAAAAUUUAGAAAAGUCUUGUUUUUGAAACGCUUCUUUUUCAUUGGCUGCUGCAUAAAAUCCUAAAAAGAACAAAAAAUAGCUCUAAUUUGUUGGUUGAUCGUUGUCGCCGCGCUUUCAGGGCUGGAGAAGUGAGUGGAUGAGAGGCAUAGACGCUCAUAAACAAAGCCAGCACGUUUCCGUCAGGCUGCAGCUGCUCAGCAUCACCGGCAGCGGAUCGGGGAGGGUUCCGAGCACAUUUGGAGCACCGACGACGCAUGUGAGCGCCGCAGGACUGGAGCAGUCGACGCGGAUGAUGCUGACGCUGGUCGUUAGUGGUUCCGGAGGAGGACGUCGCUGUUGAAUGAGAGGCGGAGGCGCUGUCCCGGGUGCUGAAAAGCAGCCGGAGGUUGUUUUUUUUGUUUGUUUGUUUGUUUUUGCCAAGACGAGACGAUUACGCAUAUGAGCCGAAUGUAACCCCAGUCAGCACAGCAGUUCGGCGGUUCUCACAGCUCCCACGGCCUGAGUAAAUGGGACCGCACAUCGUCCGAGCGUUAGAAACAUGGAGAGAUUUGUGCUGCUCGUCCUCGGCUGCCUCGGCGUCUCUCGAGUCACGGCGGACAGCCUGUCGCCGCCCGUCAAUGUGACCAUCAAAGAGGUGAAAGCAAACUUUGCUGUGGUGUCAUGGGACAUCCCGGAGGGAGACCCUGUCAUUGGCUUUGCCAUCACACAGCAGAAGAAAGAUGUGCACAUGCUGCGAUUCAUCCAGGAAGUCAACACCACCACCCGCUCCUGUGCAUUAUGGGACUUGGAGGAGGAGACAGACUACAUUGUGCACGUCCAGUUCAUCAGCAUGUCUGGGACAAGCCCGCUGAGCGAACCGAUACUCUUCCGAACCCCGAAGGAGGCCGAGACUCAGGCCUCUAAGAGUAAAGACGAGGUGACAAUGGAGGAGGUGGGCCAGAGCAGCCAGCUGAGGGCGGGGGAGCUCAUCAUCAUCGUGGUGGUGCUCAUCAUGUGGGCAGGUGUGAUCGCCCUCUUCUGUCGCCAGUAUGACAUCAUCAAAGACAACGAGCCCAACAACAACAAGGACAAAGCCAAAAACUCGUCCGAGUGCAGCACACCUGAGCACCCAACGGGGGGGUUGUUGCGCAGUAAGCAGUUCCCCAAAAACAACAACAACAACAACAGGAUGCCAUCAGUCAACAUCAUUGAGGUGUGACCACCAGGAUUGUCUUCUAUUUACCUGAAGGAGCUCACGCCGACAAGGGAGCCCCCCCUUUUCAGUCAUCUGCUCGUCAGGAUGAGGCUGGGCAGCCUCUCAGCCACGCCGCUCCUGCUUUCCGGCGGCUCCUGAGGUGCGCCCCGCAGGACUCUGGAGGGCCGAGCUAGGUCCAGUCGACCGGCGCCGGCAGCAGAGAAGCUGGACCGCUCGGCCACGCUCCCACUUAACCUGGGGGAGGUGCUCCUGCUAUAAGGAGAGACUGUGAUAAAAGCAACCGCAGGGACCCGAACCAACUCCUCACUCGUCUGCCUCUUUCACCUUUCAGUCCGUCAGAUGAAACUGUUGCACCGCCUUCAAUCCUGUCUUUUGUUUGACUUUUAUGUGCUGGUUCUAAGCUUGAUUCUACUGCCCACCUGGAAGACUGGAAGGCAGAGGAAUCGACGGUAAAAGCCAUCCAGUCAUCAAACAUCAAGGAAAUGAAACCUCAAGAGUCCACGUCUGGAUCGGUCUGGUUAACGUUCAUCCGUCUCAUCCGUCUUAAGACAGACUUCCUCAAACAUUCCUCACACGGACUGAACAAGCCCUUUAGUAUCUCCUGGUGUCUUUCUCCUCACAGGAUCUCACUGCAUUCUGGAGAGCUGCUUCUGGGACCGAGUCCAUUUAUCUAAUUAAUGAACCCUAAACGUGAGCCGGGCUCUGAGGACGCGAGCAGAAUCCUGCCUCUGCAGAGACAAAGAGAUCCCUUAAGUCAGCAAUAACGGCCCCUCCGUGGAAGCAGAGGAAGCCAUUACUCUGUGAACAAAAGAAGAAAAAAGAACCUCUACCCCUCUUAGCAUGACUGAAAUGAGACCUUGGCUAAUACUCCUUUACGUUAGCUCGCAUGGGGAAAAAAAAAACAGAAAAGAGGAAACAAUGUUAUGGGCCUGCGACCCUCCGACUUCGUUUUGACAUCCUAGAAGGGCUUCUAUCAAAACUUUUUCCACUAAAAGUUGACAUUUGAGUUGACACUCCCCUCUCUUCAGGCGGUUCACUUGUUGCCAUAUGACAUACAGAACAAAUGUCAGAGGGCUGAUCCACAGCAGUACUGCCUUAAAAUUGUUUUCUCCAAUAAGAUGUGAGGCCCUGCAUCUCCAACAUUUACUAUUAUUUCCUUUAAAACUGACGUUUUGAUGGAAAACGUGAACAAAAACCAUGAAAUAUGAUGCAUUUGGAGUGUAAAUACUAUUUUUUCUUGUUUAGGAUUGAGGGAUUUUUUUGCUAAAAUACGUUAUACGACUACAGUAUUCUGGUUUUGCAUUUCUAAUAUAUAAUGACUUAUGGACCGAAGGAGUUGAGAGUGAGAGGGACCUUUCAGCAUGGAUGGUCCGGGGUUAGAACUGAGAUGCAGUGACAGAGGAACAGAUGCAGGAUGUGCCUGAGAGCUAACGGACGCAGCACACUGUCACUCCGCCCUCAAAAAGGAAAUGUGCUCCACCAGCAGAGCGGGGCUUUACUGAGACCAUCCGUCUUCUGAGCACUCUGCUCUUCCCAAAAAUAAAACCUGAAUUUGACAGCAGCUCAAUAAACGGUAGUUUCUUGAGUCACAUUCACUCAGAUCAGCUGGUAUUUAUUGUUCUUCUCUUCAGCACCUCAUUUUGUUUACCCCCCCCCCCCCCCAUAAAUACUGUACUUCUUUGAAUGGGGGUUCGAUUUUGUGGCAGAUUCUCAAACUCACAAGGCGAAUAACAAAGUUUGACAUUUGAGAAAUCUGCAUGUUUACUUCUUUUUUGGGCAGAAGAUCAACAAAGGCGUGUGAGCAGAGAGCUGAGGGAACUUCAAGCUUCUGCGACUUUAGCUAGGAUUUUUGUUUUGCUCCUCUUGAGAUUCUAAAUGUUUAUAACAUGAGCCGUAGGGAGCUAGUUGUAUUUGAAGACCUGCUCCGAUCAACGGUGGUUUUAACAUGUUCUUGUGAUGGAGGACAUAUGUGAAGAAAGUGAAGCUCAACAUCAACAAAUGAUUGUGACUAAAAAAAGAUUGUAUUUGUGUUGUAGAAAAUACGCUGAGUGGGCCAUGAGCUCCCUGCUCUGAGCUCUUACCAACAGGGAAGGGAAAGGGGGCGGGGCCGCUCCACACCUAAUGUCCCGCCGCUCUGCAGAAACUAUGUUCUAGAAAACCAGUUUUUUAAAAACUUUUGUCUAAAAAUGGCAUAAACAUAGUUAAGACGACUGGAAGCACUCCUGAAACAGAUCAAAAGAUGAUUGGAGAGGUCGAUGGGGUAUUUUUUCUAUUUUCCACUAGAACCGUCAAGCUAAGACACCGAGCAUGUGACGCACGUUCAGCGUUUACCCCAUGGUGUUCACGCUGGACAAGCAGGGAGGGGCUUCUUCUGCUUUUUCAUCCGUUUACGAGCUCAUGUCCACCACCUACAGUUAGAAGAGGCUUGGUGCAAGAUGUCAAAGUAGUGGAAAUCUGGCUCCGGUCCUUUUUUGUGUUUUUGUGCGUUUACAUAGACUUUUCAUUGAUAAUGGCUGUGAACACGCGUUGUCAACCACUGUAGCUUCAGAAGGCCACAUUCCAGCAGGUCAGGAAUCCCUCUCGGACUCUUUCGUCAUGAGGAUGUUUAUUUUUUAAUCCUUCUGUGUGUAUUUUGUAUUAGUCUGAUUAUCUGAAACCAAGCAUUGUGAUCAAACACAUGAGGUUCUGAUGUGGGAAAAACCAGUAUAAGCUUCUCAAAGAGCAUGGUUUAGAAGAAAAACUGCUUUAUUCAUGUCAACAAGUUUAUACUCCUCGUGUGAAGUGUUCAACAGUCACUGCUUAAUGAGGGCUAGCAUGGUUUAAAUAUUAUGCACAAGAUCACAACUUGAGUCAUGAAGACCACAGUGUAUGCUUACUUGUGUAUGCUUCAAUGAAAUAAAAUAUAUCCAAAUAUUUUCCAAUCAAAA